AUGUGUUUUAAUCACACUUCUCUCUGGUCCCAGACUCUGCCGCAGCUAGUGGACCCGGACUCUCCUCUGGACCUGGACUCAGAUCUCCAGCAGCUCCUAUCCUGCAUCCAAACCAGACUGGACCCAAACAAACUCAAACGCAGGAGAUCUGAGGAGCCAAACCUGGACUCAGAGGAGGAGAGGAGGAGAGAGGAGGAGAGGAAGACUGAGGAGGAGGAGGAGGAGAACGGACGGGCCCUGGAGACCGGAGCUGCAGAAGUUCAAAGGGAGGAAACUCCAGAGAAAAAGACUACACGACCCAUAAUGCAACAGCAGGGGUCCUCAUCCUCGUCUCAAGCCGCUCCCAAACCAAAGAAGAAGAAAGUGGGGCUCUUCAGCCGCUCAGAGAGGAGACCGCCUCUGUCAGGCCCCUGUGUCGUCUCUCCUCUCCCAGCUCUCAUGCCUCCUCUCUGGGGUCCUCGUCUGCUGGUCCUGGCCCUGGCCUGGUCCGCCCUGGUCCUUCAGACUCUCGGCUGCGGCCCUGGUCGGGGGUACGGGGCCAAACGGAGAAGCGCGCGUAAGUUCGCCCCGCUGGCCUACAAGCAGUUCUCCCCCAACGUGGCGGAGAAGCACCCGGGAGCCUCCGGGCGCUACGGGGGCAAGAUCAGCCGCAACUCUGAGCGCUUUAAGGAGCUGACGGCGAACUACAACCCGGACAUCGUGUUCAAGGACGAGGAGAACACAGGAGCCGACCGCAUGAUGACGCAGCGAUGUAAGGACAAGCUGAACUCGUUGGCCAUCUCUGUUCUCAACCUGUGGCCUGGGGUCCGUCUGCGGGUCACUGAGGGCUGGGACGAAGACGGUCUUCACUCUGAGGACUCUCUCCACUACGAGGGUCGAGCCGUAGACAUCACCACCUCCGACCGGGACCGCCACAAAUACGCCAUGCUAGCCCGGCUCGCUGUGGAGGCGGGCUUCGACUGGGUCUACUACGAGUCCAAGGCCCACGUGCACUGCAGCGUCAAGUCUGAGCGUGUUGCCAGAGCCCAGUCCUUGACCUGA